CUAGUGGCAUUCUCGUGAUUUUUAUGCCCUUUUCCCCAUCUCGCGACCAUACCUCUAUUUAACGCUCCCUUCGUUUUUCCUCUCUCUCUCUCUCUCUCUCUCUGGUUGCAACGAGAACCGGACGAGUCGACCGGUCCGGUUCAAUCGAACCGGAUCUUCUCCUCUCUCCUUCUCCUCCGUAGUUAAGAGCCCCGAUCCCGUUUCCUCGCGCCUCAGAUCCGUUCGAUUUGGGCUAAAUUCGGCGCGUUCGCGCUUCUCGUCGCCGAUUCUGACGAAGAGCGGUAGGGUUGGGGUUAGGGGUGGGGCUAGGGCUCGGAGAUGACCUCGGGGGGGAGGAUGCCGACGUGGAGGGAGAGGGAGAACAACAAGCGGAGGGAGCGGCGGCGGAGGGCGAUCGCGGCGAAGAUCUUCGCGGGGCUCAGGGCGUACGGGAACUACAAGCUCCCGAAGCACUGCGACAACAACGAGGUCCUAAAAGCGCUUUGCCACGAAGCCGGAUGGGUCGUCGAAGAGGACGGCACCACGUACCGCAAGGGAUGCAGACCAGCGGAACGCGUGGACGUUGUCGGCAGUGUGGCUGCCUCGGCUUCUCCAAGCCCGUGCUCAUCAUACCAACCGAGCCCGUGCAUGUCCUACAAUCCGAGCCCGCCUUCGUCCUCCAUUCCAAGCCCGACUUCCUCGUCUUACAUCACCAACCCCAACAGCGGGACCGACUGCAAUCCCCUACUCCCGUGGCUGAAGACCCUGUCCUCCGCCUCGUCCUCUGCCUCUUCCUCAAAGCUUCAUCUCAACAUCCACUGUGGCUCCAUAAGCGCCCCUGUAACCCCUCCGCUGAGCUCUCCAACCGCCCGCACGCCUCGCAUCAGAACUGAUUGGGACGAUCGCACAGCCCGAUUACCCCAAUGGGCUAAUGGUACCGGGACGCCUUACACUCUGCUGCUGUCAUCCACUCCGCCAAGCCCCGGACGGCAAGUGAGCCCCGACGCCGCAUGGCUCACCAGCAGCCCCUCCUCUCCGACCUUCACCCUCGUGUCGGCUAAUCCGUUCGGGAUUUACAAGGAGGCAUCCGCCAGCGCGGCGGGGUCGUCGAGAAUGUGGACACCGGGGCAGAGCGGGACGUGUUCUCCAGUUCCUGGUGAUGCGAGGGACAUCCAUAUGUCCGACUGCGCAUCAGAUGAGUUCGCAUUCGGAAGUGGGAGUAUCAACGGGAACGUGGUGAAGCCGUGGGAGGGGGAGACGAUCCACGAGGAAUGCGGGUCGGACGAGCUGGAACUCACUCUCGGGAGCUCGAGGACCAGAUAGGAUAUUUCAUAGUGGAGAUUGAUAAACAAUCAUAAAAUUACCACCUAUUUUAACUUUUACUGCAAUCUUUUUUUCUGCUGCAGUGGUGAUAGAGAGAUAGAGAGAGAUCGAGAGGGUUCAGCAGUAUAUAUUUAUGUUAAUUCUCGUGUCAAGCCCCCAUCUUCUUUCGGGAUAUUUAAACAUGUCCGUCCAGUUAAUUUAAAAGAAUUGAAAGGACAUAUAGAAUGGAUUAGGAGCAUCCAUGGUAGCUAGCGUUUGUUUUGGUCCUUUGCUUAUCAAUUGUACUAAUAUUGCACUAGUGCCAUUUUAACUUGGCUUCUCGUUCUAUCUAAGGCUGACGUGGUGGAGCUAUAGUUUUUUCCGGCUUGUGCGAAUUUUUUAUUUUUUUUAUUUUUACGAUGUAAAUUUUUAUAGAAACACAGAUCACUUAUUUUAAGGUGCCAUUUGGCAA